AUGGAUAAGGUAGCAUAUGUAAAACUACUCGAAGGUGAAGGAAAGCAAUAUAAAAAAAUUGGUUUAUAUAUGUUAUCAGGCAAAGCAGCUACGGUUGAAGAACGUGCGGCAGGUAAAAUUUGUGCGCCACCUAAACUGAAUCCAGCUUACGCUACAGAUCCGAAAGUACGGAGGGUUGGGAAAAUAGUACCUAGAGAACUUAAACAAACACAGCAACCCAAAACACAACAACAACAACGGCAAUACCCACCUGAAGUAUUACGUUUGAUCUAUGGGCAAUAA